AUGUCUCUUCUCGACAUGCAGCUUCCAGUUGCCUUCGCCAUAACAAUUCAGGCCUUCUUGACUUGUAUUGCACAAGGGGCCUUAAUCGCCACUGGAUCAGGCUACAUGGCUGUCGCAAUUCCCUUCUGCAUCCUUGCAGUAUGGAUAAUCCAGGCUUUCUACUUGCGUACCUCGCGACAGAUCCGACUCCUCGAUCUGGAAGCAAAGGCUCCUCUUUACGCCCAUUUUCUAGAGACAACAGAGGGACUCACUACUGUGCGUGCAUUUCAUUGGCAACGUCAAUUUGCAGAUCGAAAUAUAGACCUUCUCGACACGUCUCAGAAACCAUUUUACACCAUGUAUUCCAUUCAGCAGUGGUUGCAUGUUGUUUUGGAUCUACUUGUUGCGGGCCUUGCCACCUUUCUGGUUACAUUAGCUGUUUUUGUGACAAAGCAAAGUACUUCUGGGGCCGUCGGCGUUGCUCUUGUGAACUUGCUUACAUUCAACUCAACGUUGACAUUCUUGAUCAUCAACUGGACACAGCUUGAGACUUCUCUGGGCGCAAUUGCAAGAGUCAAACAAUUUGUGAACGACCCACAGCUACAGCCUAUCCCUAGAAGAGAGGUAGCUUGUCCGGAGGGUUGGCCUUCGGAAGGUCGAAUGGAAUUUCGAAGUGUUUCUGCAUCAUAUGGGAAGCAUGGUUCCGCUCUGGUUGUGCGGGACAUCUCAUUUACACUGCAGGGCGGGCAGAAACUCGGUAUUUGUGGGCGAACCGGAAGUGGGAAGAGUUCUUUACUUGCUUGCAUUCUCUCUUUGGUGACAAUCACAUCUGGUCAAAUAUACAUCGAUGACAUUGACAUCUCAACCAUUCCCAAAGAAAAGCUCCAUUCUGCAUUGGUCCCAAUCUCCCAAAGCCCCCUACUUCUUCCCGGUUCUGUCCGCGAAAAUAUUUCCCUAGGGAUAUCAUCCGCGCUCGAUGAUUCAGAGAUGAUCUCUGCCCUGGAGGGAGUCGGGCUUUGGAAUCAGAUUUACGAACAUGGUGGCCUAAGCGCGGACAUCAAUUCAAUUCAUCUGUCCGAUGGCCAAAAGCAGAUCUUCUGCAUUGCCCGUGCUAUCUUAUCACCGGGUAAAAUUAUCAUGAUGGAUGAGCCUACUGGCGGGUUUGAUGAACACACCGAGAAAUUGGCCACGGAACUUCUUCGUGAGCGGCUGAAAGGACGGACUAUCAUCUCAAUUGCCCAUCAAAUCAAUACUUUGAUGGACUCGAAUUUGGUCAUGGUCAUGAGCGAUGGCAUAAUUUCUGAGAUGGGAGCGCCGCAAAAACUCCUGGAUGAGAGGGGUAUGUUCUGGGAGCUGUUCCGGCCAAAGACAAGUUGA